CGCGUCGCGUCACCAACCGCCCGCCCGCGGAGGCGCCACCCCGACAAAACCGCACCGCUUCCCCCCUUCCCUCUCCAUUAAUCCCAGUCCCAAACCCCGCCCCGUCUUCUUCCUCCCCUCAUCGAGUCAAGCGGAUGAUCGUGUAGUCACCGGCUCACUCGAUCGAUGAAGGUGCUCUGCUCCGCGUGCGAGGCGGCCGAGGCGCGCGUCGUCUGCUGCGCCGACGAGGCAGCCCUCUGCGCGCGCUGCGACCGCGAGGUGCACGCCGCCAACCGGCUCGCCGGCAAGCACCACCGCCUGCCACUCCUCUCCGCCGCCGCCCACUCCAACUCGCCCGCCGCCGCCGUCUCCACCCCAAACUGCGACAUAUGCCAGGAGGGCCACGCAUACUUCUUCUGCGUCGAGGACCGCGCGCUGCUCUGCCGGAGCUGCGACGUCGCCGUGCACACCGCCAACGCCUUCGUCUCCGCGCACCGCAGGUUCCUCCUCACCGGCGUCCAGGUCGGCCUCCAGCCCGACGACCACGACCAAGAAUUCGAACCAGAGCCCGAGCCACAACCAGAACCACCUAACAACGCCUCGUCUGCGGCUCCCCUGCAACCCCCGCCGUGCCACAAGAAGAGGAGCCCGACGCCGCUCUACGGCGACGGGGACAUCGACUGGCCGGCCGGCCCGGACGUCGGCAUCACGGGGAGCUUGCCCGACUGGUCGGUCAUCGAUGACCAGUUCGGCAGCUGCUCCCCGGCGAUGAGGCCCGCGGAGCCCGCGGUGAUCAAAGCCCCUCCCAAGAAGAUCCAUCGGGGGCCGGUCACCGCGGCGAGCGCGGCGCUUUUUGGCGGGAGCAUGCCGGACUGGCCGCUGGACGAGUUCUUCGGCUUCGCGGAAUUCAACUCCGGCUUCGGGUUCGCUGAGAACGGCACCUCCAAGGCCGACAGCGGGAAGCUGGGCUCGCCGAACCGCCGUUCCUUGUCAUCGUCCUCCUCCGGGGCCGCCACACAGAACGCGCAGGAGUUCUUCGGCCAGGUGCCGGAGGUCCACUGGUCGUCAGUGCCGGAGCUGCCAUCCCCGCCCACGGCAUCAGGCCUCCACUGGCAGGGAGACCCGCAUUACGGCUCCUCCGACACAGCGGCCGUGUUCGUGCCGGACAUCUGCUCCCCGGAGAACCCCUUCCGGUGCUUCGCCGCCGCCGGAGAUUCACAGCUCAAGCGCCGGCGGCGAUGUUAACAGACUUUCGCCGUCGAUCGUGUGCCUGGAAUCUGAAACUAUAGUGCAGAAGAAAAAGUCGAAGCAAACGAUGCUACUGCUAGAUGGUUAGUGGUUAGUACGCCGCGUCAUCAUCCAUGUAUACUGCAAUAGCUCUGGCCUCUUGGACUGAUUAAGUAGUUGUUAAUUACGAGUUUAUAUAUGUGCAACUUUGCUUGUUGUGAGCUUAGCUCGGGACGUUGAAGAAGAAAAGGCAGUGAAAAUUAGGAAAAAUAAAACGGCGAGAAUGGAAUGGCAUGUGAUGUCUAGAACGAAACUUGUCUUUGCUUUGAUUA